UUUGUUUUAUUUUUAAAGCAUUACAAAACUCAGCGUAAAUUCGACUUCAUUUAACUUUGAAUCUGUACUUGUUUUCACAUUCUUAAACGAUUAUGUUCGAACAUUAAACAAUUUUCAUUUCAAAAAGAGUUAUAAUUAGUUAAAAUCUUUGAUGAACAAUUUCGGGAGACAAAUUUCUAAUUAUAUGCAAUUGUUAUACAUUCAGUAGUUUUUUAAGUAAAAUCACUCAAAUGUCAUCACUUAAGGACAGCGGCAGUAAAUCACAUCUCAGUUUGAAAUUGAAGGCAGCAGACAAAAUCAACCAUUUCAGGCGUCUUCACAAUGCAGUAGAGUUGACCUUUGACACCGACUCCAAGCUGACCAAAUUGGCCCAAGAGUGUGCUGAAAAGACUGUAGAGAGCAAUUGUCUGAAACAUUAUGCUGUUCGGGACUUCGGCCAAAACAUAUUUGCCAUGUCACGCAGAUUUAACUUCGACGCCAGUCAUGGCGUGACCUUCUGGUACAAUGAAGUGGACAACUAUGACCCCCACUCUCCCGGAUGGCAGGAGGGGUGUGGCCACUUCACUCAACUAGUGUGGAAAUCAUCACAAGAAGUUGGAAUUGGAGUGGCGAUGGACGAUGACGUCACAUGUCUCGUAGCAAACUUCUACCCAAAAGGCAAUGUGUAUGGGGGAUUUGAGGAGAAUGUUGAGAAGGACCCAAAUUUGCAUCGCAGUGUGUCGUUAGACGAAGACUAGUUGAACUUUUGGAUCUCUUUAACAACCCCUCCUUGGUCCCUUGGUAA